AGCCUCAUUCUUCUCGAUGAGCUCAGCGGAGACGGACAUUCGCUUUCCUCCGAGAAGACACCGGACUAACCCCGCUCCCUCAGCCCGGCAGGGUGCACCGUUCCCGGGGUGAAGAGCCGCGCGCAGACCCGGUCUCUCCCUCCGGAGCUCCGCAGCCCGUCUCGCUCCUCCUGCGCCGGGCUUCUCUCCUUCUGCUCGGGGAGGCGAGCGCUGUUUGAAGGACAGGGCUGCUAGUCUCGCGCACACGCACGCGUGCACACCUUGUGGAUUGGAGGGCUCGUGCACUGGGUGGAUUUGUGAAUGGUGGUCCUGCACCUUUGUGGAUUAAGACGCGGAGGAAUCCGUGGAGUCCGCGAUCAGGCGGGAUCUCCUCCUCUGGGUCCACACCUGAGGGUCUGACAAAACGAUGCUGCAGGACCCCGAUGAGGGACUGAGCCCGACCUGAACCCCCCCUUCCCUUUCCCCUCCCCCCGCCCCCCCCACCAUGAACCUGCUCUGCCGCGGCCGUCUGAAGCUGCUGGUGGCCUCCCUCACGGCCGUGGUGCUGCUCACCUGGCUCUACCUCCUGGCUGGGAACCUGGAGAACGGGCGCGCCCUCCUGCUGGCGCCCUGCCUGGCCGGCACCCCGGCGGCCCGGCUGCCGGACCGGGCGGCGCUGGAGUCCAGGGUUCGAGAGGUGGAGGAGGAGAACCGGAGGAUCCGGCUGCAGCUCAGCCAAUCGCAGGGGCCGGCCAACCAGCCGGCGGACGGUAACUAUGGCAACCAGCAGUGGGGCGCCUCGGCGGACACGGGGCCGGAGGACGGGGACAACACGGCGGAGGAGAGGAACAACCACACCGAGUGUCCUCGCUCGCCCUCCGUGCAGAAGUGUGAGCUCAUCCACGUGGCGUGUGUUUGUGCCGGUCACAACGCCAGCAGAGACGUGGUGACGCUAGUGAAGUCCGUCCUCUUCCACAGGAGGAAUCCUCUCCACUUUCACUUCAUCACAGACACGGUGGCCCAUCGUAUCCUGAGGACCCUGUUUCAGUCCUGGAUGGUCCCGUCUGUGCAGGUCAGCUUCUACGAUGCAGACGAACUCAAGUCCGAGGUCUCGUGGAUCCCCAACAAACACUACUCGGGUAUCUACGGCCUGAUGAAGCUCACGCUGACCAAAGCUCUGCCCGCCGACCUCUCCAAGGUCAUCGUCCUGGACACGGACAUCACCUUCGCCACCGACAUCGCCGAGCUGUGGGGCAUCUUCAGGAAGUUCACCGACAAGCAGGUGAUCGGCCUGGUGGAGAACCAGAGCGACUGGUACCUGGGGAACCUGUGGAAGAACCACAAGCCCUGGCCUGCGCUGGGCCGCGGCUUCAACACAGGCGUCAUCCUGCUCUACCUGGAGAGGCUGCGGCGGAUCGGAUGGGAGCAGAUGUGGCGGCUGACGGCCGAGAGGGAGCUGAUGAGCAUGCUCAGUACGUCGCUGGCUGACCAGGACAUCUUCAACGCCUUCAUCAAGCAGAACCCCGUCCUGGUGCACCAGCUGCCCUGCUUCUGGAACGUCCAGCUGUCGGACCACACGCGCUCAGAGCAGUGCUACACCGAGGUGUCCGACCUCAAGGUGAUCCACUGGAACUCCCCCAAGAAGCUCCGGGUGAAGAACAAGCACGUGGAGUUCUUCAGGAACCUCUACUUGACCUUCCUGGAGUACGACGGGAACCUGCUGAGACGAGAGCUGUUCGGCUGCCCCAGUCAGGCCAACCCGGAGAGCGUGCGGCUGCAGGCCGCCCUGGAGGAGCUGGACGAGGACGACCAGUGCUACGACUUCCGCCGGGAGCGUCUCACCGUCCACCGGGUGCACCUCUACUUCCUGCAGUACGAGUACACGGCCGCCGAGGACGGCACCGACGUCACGCUGGUGGCCCAGCUCUCUAUGGACAGGCUGCAGAUGCUGGAGGCCAUCUGUAAGCACUGGGAGGGCCCCAUCAGCCUGGCGCUCUACAUGUCCGACGCCGAGGCGCAGCAGUUCCUCCGCUACGCCCAGGCCUCCGAGGUCCUCAAGAACCGCAAGAACGUGGGCUACCACGUGGUCUACAAGGAGGGCCAGUUCUACCCCGUCAACCUGGUGAGGAACGUGGCUCUGAAGAACGCCAACACGCCCUACGUCUUCCUGACCGACGUCGACUUUCUGCCCAUGUACGGCCUCUACGAUUACCUCAGGAGGACCGUGGUCCAGCUGGACAUGACUCACACCAAGAAGGCUCUGGUGGUCCCGGCCUUCGAGACGCUUCGUUACCGUCUGUCCUUCCCCAAAUCCAAAGCCGAACUGCUCUCCAUGCUGGACAUGGGGACUCUCUACACCUUCAGGUAUCACGUGUGGCCUAAAGGUCACGCCCCUACCGACUAUGCCAAAUGGAGAACGGCCACCACGCCCUACCGGGUGGAGUGGGAGGCCGACUUCGAGCCCUACGUGGUGGUGAGGCGGGACUGUCCCGAGUAUGACCAGCGCUUCGUGGGCUUCGGCUGGAACAAGGUGUCUCACGUCCUGGAGCUGGAUGCACAGGAGUUUGAGCUCACGGUUCUCCCCAACGCCUUCAUGGUCCACAUGCCCCACGCUCCCAGUUUCGACAUCUCCAAGUUCCGCUCCAGCUUCGGCUACCGCAACUGCCUGAACACCCUGAAGGACGAGUUCCACCAGGACCUGUCCAGGAAGUACGGCUCGGCCGCCCUCAAGUAUCUGACCGCUCAGAGGACCGCGUGAGGACCCGGGGCGCCGCCCAGCAGCUCCGGGUACGAAGAGGGGCGGGGCCGGUGAACCUUCACGGACCCUUUUUUUUAAAAAUUGCACCUGUGGAUUAAUUCUCCCGUCUGCUGAGAAGACGAGAUGAGGGGACUGCAGAGGCGGGACAAGAGGGGCGGGAUUACGUGACCAGCUUUAACGGCCGGGCGAAGCAAACCACCAUAUUCUUACAAGCUUGUUCUGACAAUCAGGGCUUUUUCUUCCAGGGGGACGGGGGGCCGAGCAAAGGGGGGGGUGUGUGUGCGUGUGUGCGUGUGCGUGUGUGUAUGCGUGUGCGUGUGUCAGGGCCUGUCAAAGAUUUCAGCCUUAUCCAUGAUAUUUACUGAGAUAUUUAAUGUCUCAUUCAUGUGUUGGAUCUGAACCAAUGGAUGAGGAGCGUUGGCAUCUACAAUGUUUGGAUUAUGACGUCAUUAUUAUUUAGCUUAUUUUUAUUAUUUUAUUUUCUAAUCUCUAUUGGAGGAAGAAGAAUUCAUCUCGUCUAAUUGUUUCUGGUGCGUGUGUGUGUGUGUGUGUGUGUGUGUGUGUUGUUCAUAAUAUUUUCUUGCGUCUGAAUAGUUGCACAACAAGUCAAUCAUAUCAAUAUGCGAUGUAUUGAUCACUGAUUACAAACACGUCUCAUUCACUGGAUAAAUGUGCCAACUACUGAGAAAACAGACCCCAUUUAUAUCGAUUACAGACUAAUUCGAGGCUUCCUCACUCGGUAAAUGAGUUUAUUUGGGAUCUACGUGAAGUGAAUGUUGAGUCUACUUCACGAGGUGAGGAUUGUUUUACCAAAGACGGCUGUAGUAACUAUUUCACGUGUAAGCGACUAACUUUUGAUUUGGAAGCUAAUCUAUAUAUCUAUUUAAUCUAUAAAACUAGUUCACAAACUGAACCCUUACACAUUAAUACAGAUUUUCUUCAGUUUGACUUGAUCCUCCUCUUGUCAUUGAUUAUAUAUUGACUCUAUAAGAGUCACUUUCUGAUAUUUUGUGACCAAAAUCAUUGCAGAUGUUUCAGAUUCGGCGGGAAUCCGACGUCCCCAGAGGACGACCACGGUGUCGGUGUCCCGUCCGUUCUUUUCUUUCAGAUCUUUAUCUCUUCCAUUAAUGUCGGGAUCUUUUGCGUCUCUGCUCUCCGUUCUGUUCUAACUAGUGUUGUUUCCACGGAGCCUGGCGGUGUUUGUGGGGGGGUCGAGCAUAUGGUUUCUAAUGAGGCGUGAGUGUGACCCCCCCAUCGACUUGUUGUGGUAAAUGCUAGUGCCUUUGCUGUAUUGUGGAACUGGAUAUUGAUUGUACUGUUGUACCGGCAGGACCUGCGAUAGUCAGGUACUCUAUUUAUUAUUGUGGAUUCAAAUCAAUCAUAUUUUUCUAUGUAAGUGCUUUAAAUAAAUUUGCCCUUUUUCUAAUCA